AUGGGGGCUAUCCUGGGCGCCCCACCCCACUGCUCCCCGCACUACUUCCUUAUCCUUGGCCUGUGGCCCUGGGUGGGGGCUCGAAGGGAACAAGGAGUCACUGUGGGUGCCCACCAGGCCAGGGCCAAGCUGCCCCUGGCUGUCUUCCUUCUGGCCUUCAGUCACCGUGUUUGGGCUCCAGCCACCAAUCAGAGAUUUGUUCCUGUGGGUUUCAGGUGGGCCUCAGCAGGGGAAGCCCAGGGACCCACUGCCCACUUAUCCCAGAGCUGUUUCUAUGCUGCGGGACGGUGCUUCCCAGGCAGAGCCAGGUGGUUUCGGGGCCCACCUGGAGCAGCCCCUUCUCCUUGCCUGAAGACCUGUGGGUCCCCACCAGUGCCAGACAAGGGCUAUGGUCUCCGAGGCCAAGUCCUGUCCCUCUUCUCCCCCCGACCAUGCUGGCAGCUCUUGGCUUUGGGCCUUCUUUCACCGCCCUUUGGGGUCUGUGUCUUCCAGGGAUCCACUGCUCAGCUUGUGGAGGUGCUUCCCCAGGGCUGA